AUGGCGACUGCAUCAGGCGAGGCCGAGGACACCAAGGCCUUCUACGGCUAUCUGUUUACCAAGGCGAAGCCAAUACCAGCUCCCACGCCUGUCCUUGAUGCGCUCCUGAGAGCUAUCGCAUUGCAUAUCACCAGCGAAAUCGGCGACAAGAAUGACGCCAACUUGACCCCUGCGAAGCUCGCUGCCUUCUACAAGGUCGCCGGUCAUGACUGGGACUCAUUCUUUGUCGAUAUGCCCCAUCCCGCCAUUUCCACUGUCUAUCAAGGCCUGGGUUGUCAACACUCGCUUCUCCCUGGCGGUGACGACUUCGCCGCCCCUUCGAUACCGGCGCUCACAGUGAAGGGAUUUGUGCGCUGGCAAACAAUUCAGACCCUCCUUGGGCCCCAGACACAAGUGCCGGUAUUGCAGUUCGCCGCAGCUAAUUGGGCCCUCAAGCACCCCGACACUGGCGCUCCGCUUCCCAUCAGCCUUCCAAUCGAAGCAUUUCCGUCCGACACUGACUCCGAUACCGAUCGCUGGCAUCAGGAGUGUGCCCGCAGGUCGCGCAUGAAGGCAGCCUCUGCGGAGGAGGAGGCUGAGGCAUCGAAGGACUCGCCGAAGUAUGAGUUUACAGACCGUAAGGUUCCCUACACCCACGUCCGCAUCAACCCGACGACGCCGCGCGAUUACUUUGCUCGUCCCGUCAACGUCACCUACGUCCACGUCGCAUCCCCUCGCCCUACACCAACAGGGCGGUCUCCGGAGCGAGAGCGGGCCCGGGACCGAGAGAACUUCGUCCGCCGCCAGACAGCGUCAUCAACAGACGAUUCCGCCCAACGCCGUCGGAGUUUCUCUGACUACCUCCAUUCACCACACGAAGCACGUCCAGUCCGGGUACCACAUCUCGUCCCUGAGCGUGAGCCGCAACACCGCCGACGUAGCCCGAUCCGACGUCACAGUUGUUCCGAUUCAGACGACGAUCCAGUGAGCCCAUGCACGACCCAGCAACGCACCCAGCGGUCAAACGACCCACCUCCGAUUUCGAUUCGCCGUGUCUACACCGGAAGCCCCGAGCGCUCGCCACGUGUCGUCCGUACAACCAUGCCUCCGCCUCCCAUACCGCCGUCGCACAUGCGCUCGCCCCGCCCAUCUGAAGUUGGUCACGGCAGCGCAACCCACGACGAGGGCAAACGCCCGCGCAGCGCCCUCUUUGACCUCAAGGAGAAGAUAUCCAGCUUCAUUAGCCCUGCCGUCGGCAGCGGGGAGCGAGCGCGGAGCACGAGCGGCUCACGGGGGAGGCGGGACGGGGUGGGCGCCACGGCGAGGGGCUCGAGGGAGGAUGUCCUGCCCAGCUCAAGACUAAGCCGAUCAUGGUCCGACAUCGACACGGACGAUACCGAGUCAGAAGACGAGCGGCGGAGGCGGAGCGGACGACAUUCCCGUGAAAGCAGGGAGCACCACAGGGAGAGCGAAAGAGACAGAGAGCGGGAACGAGAACGAGCCGCGCGCGACCAAGAUCAGCACCGGGAACGCGAGAGCCAGAGAGAAAGAGACAGAGUCCGCGACCGCCCGAACCUUCCAAAACGCGAUAGAGCCCACAGCGACAGCGACCACGACCGCCGAGACCACGACCAUAACACGAGCAACAGAGACCGUGAUCGAGAACGAGAAAGAGACCGCUUCCUUUCCACCCCGAGCCCAAGCCCCGCCGCCUCGGCCGCCUCAGCCGCCCUUCACCGCGAAACCGCCCGACGCCGCGGAAACUCCGAAGAGGACCUCUCGCCCCACCGCCGAUACCCCCGCGGCCCGUAUCUCGCGGAAGCCCUCGCCGAGGGCGGCCAUCACCGGCGAACGAGCAGUCACCCGGAUCUGGACCGGCUGCGUCGGAGGCCCGAGUGGGAUCGCGAACGGGAACGGGAACGGGAACGGGAACGGGAGAGGGAUCGAGAUAGGGAUAGGGAGUUGAGGGAUCGGGACAAUCGCAUCCGCGAUAGGGAGCAGAGAGAAAGGGAGAGGUUUAGCAGGGAUGAUGGUGCGGGUGCGGAGCGGUGGAGGAGGGAGAGAGAAAGGGAAAGGGAGAGAGAGAGGGAGAGGAUGCCCAGCCCGGCCUUGUCCAGCGCGAGCGUGACGGGCGUUGGGGGUAGAAAAUACCCUGACAUGCCCUGGCCGAGGGACUAG